AUGGGUGGCCAGAUAAUGCGUCCCUCCGCGCUGAGGCGCGUUGCAACACACGCUCGCCUGCCCGAGAUGGUGGUUCUCAUGCGCAGCCCUGUCGUCUCAGCAGUGCUGUUCCUACCCUGUGCCCCUGAGCAGGAGUGGAGACAUCUAGCGGCUGCCCUGUCCACCAUCUGUAAAGACAGGAUGAAAGGGCCAAAUGGAUCCCCCUGCAUUUUGGGUGGCAUGCUUGGUGGGCUUGGAGCCAGAAGGAGCAUGUGGUGGGGGGCAUGGGGUAAGUUUCUGGCAGGCGCUGUGUGCUGCUGGGUGCUCCAUUCACUUAAAGCAUCUGCUGGCCUUCCCGCAGGUCUCCAUGCUUCAGAAGAAACUGAGGAGUGGGAGAUCGUCUUCCCCGCGCUGUGGAGCCGGGGCCAGCAGGAGCCGGCGGGUGGCAGUGGUGGUGGUGGUGGGGGCUGCAGUACAGACCCCAGCUGUGGGAACCGGAGCAGCACCCUCAGUGCCCCCAUCACACCUAGCCCAGUGGCCGGCAGUUCCAGGGAGGUGCGUUCAGUCUCCUCCUCGGUGGAGGGGCAGGCGCAGGCUGUGGGGGAGGCAGCAGAGGAAGAGGAUGCUGAGGAUGAGUAUGAGUCUCAGGAGUUUUACCACUGGUCCCCCCUGCCCCAGGGGUCUGGUGCUGCCUCUCAGUUGCCAUUGCCACCAUCCUCCCCGCCACCACGUCCAGCAGAGGACGGAGAUGAGGUGCUGCUGAGGAUCCCAGCUUUUGCUCGGGAGCUCUACCUGCUGCUCAAGAGGGACAGCCGCUUCCUGGCUCCUGGCUUUGCCGUGGAGGAGCGGCUCGGGGGCGAGGGCAAAAGCCCACCUGGUGCUGCACAGUCACAACCUGAGAGAGCUUGUUACUACAGUGGUGCUGUCCUCCGCUACCCGGGCUCCUUCGCCUCCUUCAGUACCUGUGGUGGACUGAUGGGAUUUAUACAGAUUAAUGAGGACUUCAUAUUUAUUGAGCCACUCAAUCGCACUUUGGCUGUGACAGGUCAUGCACACAGGGUGUACAGACGAAAAAGGUCCAUAGAGGAGAAAAUUGCUGAAAAGCCAGCUUCUCAGAAUCAGUACUGUGGUAUUGUUACAGAUAAAAGAAAAUCCAAGAAUCAAAAAGUAUCAGAAAGUGGAAGAGGAAAACGAUACUCGUACAAAUUACCUCAGGAGUACAAUAUAGAAACUGUUGUGGUGGCAGAUCCAGCUAUGGUUUCAUAUCAUGGAACAGACGCUGCCAGAAGAUUUAUUCUAACCAUCUUGAACAUGGUUUUUAACCUUUUCCAGCACAAGAGCCUUGGACUACAAGUAAAUCUUCGAGUGACUAAACUUGUCCUCCUUCAUGAGACUCCAGCAGAUAUGUAUAUUGGACAUCAUGGGGAAAAAAUGCUUGAAAGCUUUUGUAAGUGGCAACAUGAAGAAUUUGGGAAGAAGAAUGAUAUACACUUAGAAAUGUCAACAAGCUGGGGAGAAGACAUGUCUUCAGUUGAUGCAGCCAUACUGAUCACAAGGAAGGAUUUCUGUGUACAUAAAGACGAACCAUGUGAUACUGUUGGUAUAGCAUAUCUGAGUGGAAUGUGCAGUGAAAAACGAAAAUGUAUAAUUGCAGAGGACAACGGUUUGAAUCUUGCUUUUACCAUUGCCCAUGAAAUGGGUCACAACAUGGGGAUAAACCACGACAAUGACCACCCAUCCUGUGCAGAUGGUCUCCAUAUCAUGUCUGGGGAAUGGAUUAAAGGACAGAAUCUUGGGGAUGUUUCAUGGUCUCGGUGCAGCAGGGAAGAUCUGGAAAGAUUUCUCAGGUCAAAGGCCAGUAACUGUCUGCUACAGAUGAAUCCUCAGAGCCUCAACUCUGUGAUUAUUCCCUCCAAGCUCCCAGGAAUGACGUAUACUGCAGAUGAACAGUGUCAGAUUCUUUUUGGACCAACCGCUACCUUUUGCCAGGAAAUGCAGCACGUCAUUUGUACUGGGUUGUGGUGUAAGGUGGAAAGUGAGAAGGAAUGCAAAACUAAACUGGAUCCACCAAUGGAUGGAACAGACUGUGACACUGGAAAGUGGUGUAAGGCUGGAGAGUGUAUCAAUCGGACCUCUUUUGCGGAGCAUAUGGAGGGGGAGUGGAGCACGUGGAGCACUUGUAGCCGUACUUGCAACACUGGAAUCAGCAGUCGACAACGCAAAUGCCCUGGUUCAGGCCUUGAAGGAGAAUGUCACGGUCCCACAAUGCAGUACAGAGUAUGUGAAAAUCCUUCUUGUCCUGCUGGCGUGCCUGCCUUCAGGGACUGGCAGUGCCAGGCUUUCAGUGUCAGAUCCUCAUAUCAGAAGCACGUGCACCAGUGGCAGGCUGUCAUCAAUGAUGAAAAGCCAUGUGCCUUAUUCUGUUCACCGGCUGGAAAGGAUCAACCUGUUCUUCUAACUGAAAAGGUGAUGGAUGGGACUUCUUGUGGCCAGCAUGGGUUAGAUGUCUGUGCAGAUGGUAGAUGCCAGAAAUUUGGCUGUGAUGGCAUAGUAGGAUCUCUGGCUCGUGAAGAUCAUUGUGGUGUAUGCAAUGGUAAUGGAAAGUCAUGCAAAGUUAUUAAAGGUGAUUUUAACCAUACCAGAGGAACAGGUUAUGUGGAAGCUUUGGUGAUACCUGCAGGAGCAAGGAGAAUCAAAGUUGUGGAAGAAAAACCAGCUCACAGUUAUUUAGCUCUUCGAGAUGCUGGAAAACAGUCAAUCAAUAGUGACUGGAAGAUAGAGCAUUCAGGAACAUUCAAUAUUGCUGGGACCACUGUCCAUUAUGUUCGGAGAGGUCUCUGGGAGAAAAUAUCAGCCAAAGGUCCCACAACAUCACCUUUACAUUUACUGGUGCUGCUCUUCCAUGACCAGAGCUAUGGUCUACACUAUGAAUACACAAUCCCACUGGAUCCUCUUCCCGAGAACCAGAGCUCUAAGGUACCAGAGCCUCUCUUCAUGUGGACUCAUUCUGGCUGGGAAGACUGUGAUGCUGUAUGUGGAGGAGGUGAAAGAAAGACAACAGUUUCUUGCACAAAGAUUAUGAACAAGAAUAUCAGUCUUGUGGACAGCAAGAAGUGCAAAUAUUUAACGAAACCUGAACCACAGAUCCGCAAGUGCAAUGAGCAGCCGUGCCAGACCAGAUGGAUGAUGACAGAAUGGACUCCGUGUUCAAGGACAUGUGGAAAAGGGACCCAGAACAGACAAGUAGCCUGCACACAGCAGCUCAGAAAUGGGACCCUGAUCAGAGCUAGGGAGAGGGAUUGCCUUGGGCCAAAGCCUGCUUCUGCUCAGCGCUGUGAAGGCCAGGACUGCAUGACUGUGUGGGAGGCGGGAGUCUGGUCCGAGUGCUCUGUAAAGUGUGGUAAAGGAGUACGGCAUCGGACUGUGAGGUGCACCAAUCCCCGCAAGAAAUGUGUUUUGUCCACAAGACCUAAGGAAGCAGAGGACUGUGAGGACUAUUCCAAAUGCUACGUCUGGAGAAUGGGAGACUGGUCUAAGUGCUCCAUCACCUGUGGCAAAGGGAUGCAGUCCCGAGUCAUCCAGUGCAUGCACAAGAUCACGGGAAGGCACGGCAAUGAAUGCUUUUCCUCAGAAAAGCCUGCAGCCUACAGACCCUGUCAUCUCCACCCCUGCAAUGAGAAAAUUAAUGUUAACACAAUAACAUCACCCAGGUUAGCUGCUUUAACUUUCAAGUGCCUGGGAGACCAGUGGCCUGUGUACUGCAGGGUGAUAAGAGAGAAGAACCUCUGUCAAGACAUGAGGUGGUACCAGCGGUGCUGUGAGACGUGCAGGGACUUUUAUGCGCAAAAAAUGCAACAGAAGAGUUGA